CUAGCGUGCAAUUAUCCUCUAUUAUAUUUAUAAUUAAGUGAAGUAGACAUGCGAAUAAGUACUACGUGUCGCACAGCAAGACUUACGAGCCGCUCUGAAGGGCCUGUGUGACCCGAUUGUGUCCUUGAGAUGACCAGUAGUAUAGGGAAGAUAACAGAGACAGUCAAUGGCCUUCACAUCACAUGUCCAAAUGGCGGCUCACUUGACCUUUCGGACACCGAGGAACUCCGAGGAUCUCGUAGCAGCCGGCAACGCAGUACAAGGGGGCGGGCACAGCCAUUCUUCAUCGGCGUUGCUGGUGGCACGGCGUCAGGCAAGACGACCGUGUGCGACAAAAUUAUGCAGCGCCUUCAUGAUCAAUGCGUGGUGAUGCUCAGUCAGGACUCAUUCUACAGAGGGUUGACUGAAGAGGAGCUGGCAGAUGUCGGAUCGUACAACUUUGAUCACCCAAACUCGAUCGACAAUGAUGCGGUUGUGAAGUGCCUUGAUGACUUGAAGAACAUGAGGGCAGUGGAUGUGCCGAUCUAUGACUUCACAUUGCACGAGCGGUCUGCAGAGGUGAGGAGGGUGGAGCCGGCAGAUGUGGUCAUCGUAGAGGGCAUCCUCGUGCUGCACAUAGAAGAGAUCCGCUCGCUGCUCAACAUGAAGAUAUUCGUGGACACAGACGACGAUCUGCGGCUUGCCAGAAGAAUACAGCGGGACGUGGCACUGAGGGGGAGGGACAUUGCCGGUGUCAUUGAGCAGUACACAAAAUUUGUGAAACCAGCCUUCGACACCUUUGUGGCACCCAGCAGAAAACAUGCUGACAUCAUCAUCCCUUGGGGCAGGAUGGAAAAUGAGGUGGCGAUCGAUCUGAUCACGGAGCACAUAAAGAUGAAGCUGCGGCAGCCGGAGCUGCAGCGCCUGUACCACAACCUGGAGGUCAUCCCCAGCAACUUCCAGAUCCGUGGCAUGCACACCCUCAUCCGCGACCGCACCACCUCCAAGGCUGACUUUGUCUUCUACGCAGACCGCCUCCUGCGCCUGGUGGUGGAGCACGGCCUGGGGCACCUGCCGUUUACGGAGAAGUGCGUGGUGACGGGGACAAAGCACCCAUACAUCGGCGUUGACUUUGCCAAGAAGCUGUGCGGCGUGUCCAUCAUCCGCAGCGGGGAGAGCAUGGAGAAUGCCCUGCGCGCCUGCUGCAAGGGCAUCAAGAUCGGCAAGAUCCUGGUGCACAGAGUGGGGGACCAUGUGAUGGAGAAGGAGCUGAUCUACGAGAAGCUGCCGGCAGACAUAGCAGAGCGCCACGUCCUGGUCAUGGACCCCAUUCUGGCCACAGGCAACUCCGCCGUCAGGGCCAUCCAGGUGGUGCUGUCAAAGGGGGUGGAUGAGGGAAAGAUCCUGUUUCUGAGCCUCAUAGCAGCGCCGGAGGGCAUCCACAUGGUGUGCAGGAAGUUCCCCCGCGUCAAAGUCAUCACCUCAGAAAUCGAUGAGGGCAUCGAUGAGUCAACCUUCCAAGUUGUCCCAGGGGUUGGCGAGUUUGGCGACCUGUAUUUCUGCGAUUAAGGCCAGGAGUCGAGAUUAGGUAGGAGCAGCUCUGAAUAAGAGAAUUGCAGUCAGGAGAUUAGCAAAGCACCGCAGCUUACUUGCAAGUGUGAGAGAUGUAAUUUUAAGAGAGUGUGCAGCGCUAUGUACCAGGCAUGUUUGUAUACUGACAGAAUUGCAUCAGGCCCCGCUGCGAUGGAUGAAAUCCAGGGCUCAUCAGCCAGUCUGCAAAAUCUGGUUUGUGUUGUUCUGACCAUUGGGCAAACUGCAUGUUUGUGUUUAGCUUGCUUUAAAACCUCUUUGAGUAAAUCAGGCGUUGCUUAUUGAGUUCUGUGGUGAGUUCAGUGUGACUUGCCAGUCACCACGCAUGACAUAAAUUAGGCAGCUGUCUGACGAACAACUCUUGAAAUUGUAAUCUAUCUUAGC